AUGAAGACAUUCAGGCUCAUUAAUACGAUCAGUUGGACAGUUGAAACUUUCCAAAUCGGAAAAUCACCGCCGUAUCUCGCCAUCUCUUACGCCUGGUCAGAUAAUAUCUUUCCGGAGAAAUUGCCUCUCAAUGGGUCAUUCGGCGGUGACGCCUUUGCACAAACAAUCCAAAAAAGAGGGUUGACUCCAGUGAAAUAUAGCUGGGUCGAUCGUUACUGCAUCAUCCAAGACUCCGACGAUGACAUGAACGAGCAGAUCCCGCUUAUGAGUCAGAUCUUUGGCAAUGCUAAAGCCGUCCUAAUUAUUCUCACUACCGAAUUGAAUCUAAAGCAAAAAGAAGUUGAUUAUGGUACAAUUCAGCUUGACGAGGCACUCACUGUUUGGAGGGAGGAAGCAUGGACAAAUGCUGAAGCAAGAGAGUACUGGGAAUUUGGGGAAGGGCGGACCAAACUCGUACGGGCGAUGGAUAUAUUGUCUCGAUUCACAAAAGCCGCCUGGGGAACACGGGUGUGGACACUACAAGAAUACAUCCUCGCCACGAACGUUCUGUGGAUUGACCAGUUUGGCAUUAUUGAGCGCACAGUUCGAGGAGAAUCAUUGGUUAACGAGUACGAACUUCUUUUCUCUCAUUUCUCUGGUAUGGCGGCUUUCCGUACGGCAGCAACUUCUCGCAAUAGCGAACGAGAUCAGACACGAGUGCUGGAGAUGCUCGGUAAUCGACAGGCAUUUCUACUUGUUGACGAGGUUUACGGUAUAAUGGCCGCGUCGACGGUGGAGAUUAUUGUGCAGCCAAAAGAAUCAAGAGAAAGCGCAUGGAAGAGGUGGUUGGAGGCAGCAUUGACUGCUGGACAUUUACGAUGGCUGAUGCUUCCGCCCGGGAUGCUCUUGACUGAGGAGGCAUAUCUCUCACCGCAAGACAAGUCGGGCCUUGCACUAUUCUUCCCACCAAUGGACUCCGUCCCCAAGGUGACCUUGUGGCCUUUGACUGUAACGCGCGGAGUGAAGACAGACGGCACAGGCUCUUCAUAUGUGAGAGAUCAAACACGGAACAAAAACAAGCAGACGGUCCAUCUCUCAUCUGGCACAAAGCAGGAGUUACAACCUCAGUAG